AUGACAGAAGCAGUUGUAUCGCUUGCAGCCAAUAGAAUAUUGUAUCUACUCAAACACGAAGCAAAUUCAUUAAUUAAUGUUAAAGAUGAUGUGGAGAACUUGGUGAACGAGUUACGACGAAUGCAAUGUUUCCUGAGAAGUGCUUUUAGUAGACAAGAACUCGAUGACAGUGUCAAAAACUUGGUCGUGGAAGUCAACAAUGUAGCAAAUGAUAUUGAAGAUGUGAUAGAGAUCUUCAUUGUCAGAGUCGAGUCCUCCUACAUCAAAGUUCUUCUUCUUCAAAAGCUUCGAAGAGAAAUAGACUUGAUCAAAGCUAGAAUAAAAAGCAUCUUCAAAAGCAGGCAAAAUUACGGUAUUGGAUUUGUUGUAGAUCACCCUACUGCUAGUGUACUUGAUCGACAACGAAGCUCUAGAAGAACAUAUCCGGAUGACAACGAUGAUGUUAUUAGUAUGGAAAGUAGCAUUAUUGUUUUAAAGACUCGACUGUUGGAAGAGAAUGAUGAUCAUCUUUAUCAUGUUGUUCCCAUCUUCGGGAUGGGUGGUAUAGGUAAGACUACAUUGGCUAAGAAAGUCUACAAUGAUGAUGCUGUGAAACAACAUUUUGAUUGUUGUGCUUGGGUCUUUAUAUCUCAACAGUAUGUGCUAAAGGAUGUUCUGUCUGAAAUCUUGAUUCAAGUUGGGUUCUCUCAGUCCCAAUGCACAAGAAAUGAUCCAGAAGAGAUGCUUGAAGAAAGAAAAAGAAUAAGAGAGACUUUGAACAUCUUGAGAGAAGACGAUUUGAUUUUUUCCAUAAAAGAUGAACUAAGAGACAAGUUGUAUCUUUUGGUGCUAGAUGAUAUUUGGAGAAAAGACGACUGGGAUUGUCUAAGUAGGAUUUUUCCGAAUGGAAAAAGGGGCAGUAGGAUUGUUUUCACCUCACGUAUCAUGCAAUUAGCAUCCUAUGCUAAUCCACAUGAUGUUGCAAUCGAACCUCCAUUGUUAACUUCUGAAGGGAGUUGGAAGCUUUUACGCCUAAAAGCAUUUCCAAGUGAUGCUUUGGGCCAAAUUAGAGCAUAUCAACAUCAAUAUGAGCACUUGGGAAAAAAGAUGGUCGAUAGAUGUGGAGGACUACCACUUGCCAUAGUUGUACUUGGAGGCCUUUUAAGAACAAAAUCUUCAUAUGAAGAAUGGCAAAGAGUGGAAAGAGAUAUGAAUUCACACUUGAACAGACACAAUCAAGGAGUAGAAGACAUGUUGGCCUUAAGUUAUCAUGAUUUGCCUUACUACUUGAAGCCAUGUUUUUUGUAUCUGGGACACUUUCCUGAGGAUUCAGAGAUAUCAAAGAAAGAACUUAUUCAUCUAUUGAUCGCGGAAGGUCUUAUAACAGAAUCAACACAAGGAGGAACAGCGGAAGAUAAUUCUGAACAAUACUUGGGAGAGCUAAUUGAUAGGUGCAUAAUCCAAAUCGUGAAAAGGGACUACACCGGAGUUGGAGUCAAAACAUUUCGUGUGCACCAUCUUAUGCGGCAUUUUUGCGUCUCCAAGGCACGAGAGUACAACUUUUCUGAGGUUAUUCAACAACGAGAAGAGAACAACAACAACAACACCAACAACAAUACAGCUAGUUCUUCUUCAACUUAUCAAACACACAGUCGUAGGAUUGCAGUUCAUCCCGGCUGUAGUCUUGACAUAAAACAAAUGCAUUCUAAUCUACGUUCUCUUACAUGUUUCGAUGUAAGUCUUUCUCUCAAAGUUUUAAGAGCUAAAAACUUGAAGUUGUUAAGAGUUUUGAAGAUUGUGUUUAGGCUGGGCACCCGCAAGUGUAACGUGCCAUCAAUAAUUAGUGACUUAAUUCACUUGAGGUACUUAGAGUUGAGCAAUGCUGCACAAGUCAUUUUGCCUAAUUCAAUAGACAACUUGCGAAGUUUGGGAAUAAUCAAUCUCCGUAACAACGGUGAAGUUAAGUUACCAGCUGAGAUCUUAAGAUUGGCAUGUUUGAAGCAGCUCUUGUUACCCUUCAAUACAUGUUUUCCUCAUAGCUUUCGUUGGCAGACAUAUGUGCUCUCCAAACCAACAGAACUUCAGACUCUCAAGUACAUAAGAUCUGGGCCAUUGCUUCUCCAAAACAAGAUCACACAAUCUGAACUAACCAAGCUUCGAAACUUGGGAGUACAAUUCACUUGUUGUGAAGAUGUUAGGUUGUUCCUUGCAUAUCCCAAUUUCAAUUUUGAUAUGCUUCAGUCCUUACACAUGACUCUUCUUUCAGCCAGUGCAUUUUCGAAUCUAGAACCAUUGUCGAAAUGUGUCAUUCUCCAAAAAUUGGUCAUAGAUGGAAGGAUGUCAAAUGGUCAGAGUCUAAAGUUUCUUCCAACAAGUCUUACAAAGUUGACCAUGAGGGACUCUGACAUCAGCACAGACCCUAUGCCUGUCUUAGAGACCCUGCCUGGCUUAAUAUUUCUCAGGUUGCAUAAUGCGUACAAUGGAUCAGAAAUGGUUUGUAGUGCCCAUGGAUUUCCCAAGAUUGAAACUCUUCAACUUUUUUCUUUAAAGAGAGUAACGAAGUUGAGAGUUGAUCUUAAAACAACAAUGCCACAUCUCAAGAAAUUAUGCAUUGAGAAUAUGCCUAAUUUGAGAAUAAUUCCAGAAGAUUUGGCAGUCAAGGAUCUGAAGAUCGGUUAUGUGUGGCUUGACAGUAAAUUGAUUGGAUUGGAGGAGAGUUUCUUAGCACCAUUAUUAUCACACCAUAUGACUGCUGGAAGAGAGUUCUUGAGUGCUAGCUCAGUGAACAAGGUUUUAAGCCAUGCAACUUCAGUGGCUGUUUGA